UUGAAGCGAUCAGAAAGGCGGCGAAAACGAUCAGCGACAACACUUUUUCGACCCAUCAUUUUUAUAUUAUUCAUAUUUUUAUUCUCCUCCGACUUUUAUUUUCUAUACGGCGACGCUGCGCCCGUCGCCGACGCAUUGCUUAUUUAUUCGACAGGUUUGUUAGGAACUUCAUAAUUUUGAAAAUUAAAAAUUUUCAAAUCAAAAAUCGAUUACCAAGAUGAGCGGUAUGUUGUACAUGUGUGCAAAGUACGCUCCGAUGAUAAUAAAUAUAACCUGGGGGCAUCAUCACAAAAAAAAAGGGAGGAGGAGGUGAGAAAAUGGAUCGUAAAUAGUGGGAUUAGUGGAACGGUUUGCGGUUGGUGAUAAGGUUGAAUUUUUGCUCUCGGCACAUUUUGGGAGGUUUCGAGAAAUUUCGAUUCAGGCUAGAUUUUUUAAUCGAAAGUUUAGAAAAUUCACCGAUUGAUAGAGCAUAGGAAAAAUUUAUUAAAUUUUAUCCGAAGCCUAAGAAAAUCGAUUCGAGUCCAAUGUAAAAUCGGUGAAGCCUAAGCCUAAUGCUGAUUUGAAUUCAUCUGAAGAAAAAAUGAAUUUCGCGACAUUUUUUGUCGCGAAAUUGCAAUUCGUGAAACGACACGAAAUAAACACGAAAAUAAAGGAGAAAUAUUAAAGGGACACGUAAUCGCUGCGAGACCCAACACACAAAAAAAUAAUUUCCUCUUUUAUUUUAUUAAUUUCGUGUCGUUUCGCGAAUUGCAAUUUCGCGACAAAAAAUGUCGCGAAAUUUAUUUUUUCUUCAGAUGAAUUGAUCCAUAAGCCUAUACUAUAAAUGAAAAUCAGCCAUUUUUUCUUGUAUUCGGGCCAGGAGCUGCUAUAGGCAAACAUUAAACCUGACAAGCCAGUAAGCCUAAUUUUAGGCCUAUCCAGCCCAUUGUUCAGGCCUAAAUCUAAUAGCCUAGGUCCAAAAGUCGCAUUGGGCAAUGCCUCGAGAAGCCUAUUUUGAACGCAAGAAAAAUUUAAGUUAGGCUAAGCUCCACUAUAAAAUUGCAAAAAUCAAGUUCCUCUCGAUCCCGAAAAAAAUUCCAUCAAUUUUCCACAAAGUUCACACUGACCGCUUCUUUAAUUAUUUUACAACUCUUUAUCUUUGACCAAACAAUUUUUAAUUGCUUUUCAGUCUAUUUCCAGUCAAUAAUUACUUUUCUAAUUAACUUUCGAACACGAACACAUAUCGAAAAAGUGUUCUUAUCAGAUCAGAGACCAUACACAUGCUUAUGUUUAUGAUUUUGAUUUUGCACGAGAGAAAAAUCAAUAAGGGGUCUCCUCAUUUUUUUUGUUGCUACCUAUGACGAAAAUAAAUAUCUGAAAAAUAGAACAUAUGACACUUCCGGUCCACCCACCCAUCUGAAAGAAAGAUCAGGAGAAUUUGAAACAUCAACAAAAAAACACACACAUUUUGCAGACAACGAUCACAACAAUGUGUCGACGAAUUUCAACGAGAUCUCGCGAAAUGCAUUCCUUUCGCUGACCGGCAAACCGGUCGAAGCGCGAUUUCCAACCUAUCAUAUUGUGAACAACAAUAAGAUCAACAAUGCUCCGAAACAUCAUCAUCAUCGGAAGAAACAUCGAAAAAAUCGAGUUGAGGAGGGAGAUGAUAAGGAGGGAAAAGGUGAGCGAGGCGGAGGAUCGAGUUACGCGAACUCGAGAAAAAAAUAUAUAGAUGUGAUUCAUGUCACAGCGAGAAUGAGAAAAAGUGUCGAGUUACCAGACACGGGUCAGCCGGGAUAAGCCCACAAAAAUUUGGGCUGGGCCCGAUUUGGAUUGAAAGAGGGCCUAGACCUUUUUAAGCUCAAAAAUCUGAUUGAAAGGGUAAAGCUGUAAGCCUGGCGGCUCUCCUAACCUCAAACCUCUCAAGUCUCCCGGUCCAACUUCUCCAAAAAUUCCAGAAACCAUCCUCGACGGUCGCAAACACGCUCUAAUGCAGUUGGCCGAUCCGCAAGCCCUCAAAAUGCAGACGAAAUGCGACGGGCAAAAGUUCAAGCAACGCGUCCGAGUCGACGGUUGUCUGACAAAAGUGGUGGUGAAUCGACUGUGUCACGGCACGUGCGCCAGUUUUUUCAUACCGCGAAUGCACUCGAAAAAACUGAAGGCGGCGUUCAAGAGUUGUGCGACGUGUGCACCGUCGGACUACGAUUUUGUCGACAUCACGUUGGAUUGUCCCGGACAGACACCGCCCACUGCAACGAGGACUAUUGUGAAGGUAGGCUAAUUUUCUGGUAGAAGAUUCACAAAGGUUUCUAGAUUUAUUUGAAAUUUGACCCUGAUCAGAUGAAAAUUUCGAAAUUUUUUGAAGUUAUAAAUAUUUUCUUUCACUGAAAAAACAAAAUCAAAAUGAAGGAUAAAGAAAAAACAAUUACAAAAUUUUUGAAACGUAAAAAAUCAGAUCUCUAGAAAUAGAAAAAAAUAUAAUUUUCUCGGGAAAAAUUUCAUAGAUCCCAGAAAUUCCCAGAAGGUCUCAGAUUUCCCGGAACCUGGAUUCCUGAAGUUCCCAGAUUCACAAGAACCACUGAUUCCCAGACACAUUCCUAGAUUCAUGAAGUUCCCAGAAAUCCAAAAUAUUUUUUUGCAGGUGAAAAGUUGCAAGUGCCGAGAAGUCAGUAUAUCAUCAUUAUACGCAUAA